AUGGACAAAUGCCCCUCGGAUCAACAACAAACCGACACCAAUCGUUCAAUCGUUGCUCAUCCAUGGAGACACGACCCAGAGCCGACAAGCCGACCGGCAGUCACGGCACUAUCAGAGGAGGAGCUCGCUCUGAAAGAACAUGUGUCUGCCUUCGCAAAAGAGGUUAUUGGCCCUAAAGUUCGAGAAAUGGAUGACAAGGGAGUGAUGGACCCCGAAAUCAUCGCUGCUUGCUUCGAGAUGGGAAUAAUGGGGAUCGAGGCUCCAGUAGAGUAUGGAGGGGUGGGUCUGGGGUUUACUGCUGCUUGCGUGGUGAUUGAAGAGAUAGCCAAAGUAGAUCCUGCUGUUGCGGUCAUGGUGGACAUCCAUAACACCCUCAACAUUACAGCGUUCAACAGAUAUGCGACCACCGAACAGAAAGAAAAAUAUUUCCCAAGAUUAUGCAAAUCGGCUCUCAGCAGCUUCUGCUUGUCAGAGUCAGGAAGCGGCUCAGAUGCAUUUGCAUUGAAAACCAAAGCUGAAUGGGAUGAAGCAUCUCAGGAAUGGGUUUUGAACGGGACCAAAAGCUGGAUAUCGAAUUCUAAAGAAGCCGAAAUUUUCAUUAUUUUUGCCAACACUGAUUUUUCAGAGGCACAUAAGGGAAUCACUGCGUUCAUUGUUGACAAGUCAAACCCUGGAAUAGCAGUUGGCGCGAAGGAAGACAAACUAGGAAUCAGAGCAUCAUCGACAUGCGAGGUCACCUUGGAGAAUUGCAGAGUAUCCAAAGAUGCGAUGCUUGGAAAACGCGGACAAGGAUACAAGAUGGCUAUUGAACUUCUCAACGAAGGACGAAUCGGAAUAGGGGCUCAGAUGGUGGGGCUUGCACUGGGAGCCUUUGAGAACACACUGCCAUACUUGCACGAGAGGAAACAAUUCGGACGUUCCGUUGCCGAUUUCCAGGGCAUGCAAUUUCAAUAUGCGCGGGCCCUCAUGGAAAUCGAAGCCGCGAAGGUGUUGGUGUACAACGCAGCAAGAUUGAAAGAAGCCAAGGCUCCAUUUGUGAUGGAAGCGGCCAUGGCCAAAUUGAAGGCUACGGAAGUUGCACAAAGCACUGCCAGUCAAUGCAUAGAUUGGCUAGGUGGUAUUGGAUUUACGAAGGGCAUGCCUGCUGAGAAGUACUACCGCGACUCUAAGAUCGGAACAAUCUACGAAGGAACGAGCAACAUUCAGCUUGUGACCAUCGCCAAGCAAAUUCAAGCUGGCUACAGAGUUUGA